UUUAUCUCCCGACUCGCCCACCCAACAUCCCCUCCCUCAAUUGUCUGAUUCCUGCAUCUGCAUCUGCAGCAAUUCGACAUAAAUGACAUAACUACACCCUCCUCCUCUCUCUUCCUUUGCAACAUGCUCACUACUCCCACACUGACCAUCAUGGUAAUUUCCCAACCGUCUCGCUCGUCCUUGUCUAUUCCUUGACGAAACCCCCCGAUAGUCUCCCGUCGCGUUCGCUAUCUCGAGUAGUGCCCGCACCCCCCAGACAGGCUAGUAUCAGGUUUUCCCAACUGCUACUACGACAAAGUCCAACUAAUUGCCUAUCUCCAAUCUUGCCUCCUCAUUCUUGAUUACUCUUCUCCUUUCCUCCAAGUUUCACUUCCUCCCUCCUGUAAAACUUUUCGCCAGCGCGCUGCCUGCCUUCCAUUGCUUCAUCUACCGCAAUGGACAUCCAGGGCAAGCAGCCCGCAACCUGGGACGAAUACGACGGCGUCCACCGAGGCUCCGUCGACUCCACCGGGAGUCGCGUGCACUGGGCCAACCUCGAGCGGCACUCCAGCGGGCAGAGCAUCACCACCACCGGAGGCUCUCCCUCGCGGGGAGCCUCCGGCGAUUUGCGUAGACGAAGGUCUUCCAUGACUAUGCGAAUGCAGGCCCUAGGCGAUGCUGGCGGUGUCAACAGUAUCAAUAACUUCGCUCGCUCCUGGCAGCGUGCGGCUGGCUUCAUCGAAAUCACCCCGGUCCGCCCAAGCUUUCGAGUCGCCGGCGACGGCGAGGACGAGGACGGCCAAGACGAAGAGUCUCAAGGCUUCCCUCGAACGAGCCUUUCCCCCACCAACCAGCGCUCGCUCUUACGAUCGGCUCUAGAAACCGAUGGUAGACGUCCGUCAGAUAACGCAGUUUCCGACGAUGACCAUGGCGAACCAAACGAGGAGACACACUUGUUGCCACCUGCAGUGGAACAGAGGUUGGGAGAGACCAGGACACACAGAGACAGCAUCUUCAGUAUUGAACCUUCGCUGGCGUCGCCAUUCGGUGGAAGCUAUGGCACCUCCUAUGGUAGUCUUAGUGCGCGUGUCAAUGAGUCGUCUAUGAUCCACGCCGGCCGCCUCUUCACUGAGCAGCAGAUGAAAGGAGCCGCGGAUGGCACCCAGGACAGGGAACCUCUGUUAGUCAAGCAAGUAGAAGAGGACGGAAAGCUUGUCAACAUAGUUGUUGGCCAGUCUACGCUUCCACAAACCAUCUUCAAUUCUGUCAACGUUCUGGUGGGUGUGGGACUUCUGAGUCUGCCAUUGGCCAUCAAGUACUCUGGCUGGAUCGUUGGCAUGAUCUUCCUAGUCUUCUCCGCGGUAUCUACCUCCUAUACAGCAAAAUUGCUCGCCAAAUGCCUGGACGUGGACAGCUCUCUGAUCACGUUUGCGGACCUAGCAUUUGUCUCAUUUGGAAAUAAAGCUAGGAUCGCGGUCAGCCUUCUGUUUACCGUUGAAUUGUUGGGCGCUUGCGUGGCGCUUGUAGUGCUAUUUGCCGACUCUUUGAACGAUCUGGUCCCCGGCUGGGAUGUCAUUUUCUGGAAGAUCGUUUGUGGCUUCAUCCUAAUACCCCUUGGUUUCAUGCCAUUGAGACUUCUCUCAUUUACUUCCAUCCUGGGCGUAAUGUGCUGCUUUGGCAUCACGAUAGCCGUCUUUGUAGAUGGCUUCAUCAAGCCGCAUGCUCCAGGAUCACUUCGCGAACCAACCGCGCAAUACCUCUUCCCCGCAAACUGGCUCACCAUACCCCUCUCAUUCGGACUUCUCAUGUCUCCAUGGGGCGGCCAUUCCGUGUUUCCCAACAUCUACCGCGACAUGCGCCAUCCGUACAAGUACCGUAAGGGCGUUGACAUUACUUAUAUCUUCACCUUCAUCAUAGAUCUUGGCAUGGCUUGCGCUGGAAUUCUCAUGUUCGGGGACGGUGUGCGAGAUGAAAUUACGAGCAACAUCUUCUUGACAGAAGGUUACCCGAAGCCAUUGAGUGUCUUCAUCGCUAUAUGUAUCGCCAUCAUCCCGCUGACCAAGAUUCCAUUGAACGCGCGGCCUAUCGUAUCUACACUAGAGAUCCUUACCGGGCUGGACAACCGUUCACUUGCCGCGAGCAGCUCGUUGAACGGCAUGUCCGGAUUGACACGCGGGAUACUCAAGUUCACCCUGCGCAUCGUCAUCACAAUUGUCUUCGUUGGCAUCGCCAUCGUGUUCCCGUCAUUCGACCGCAUUAUGACUUUGCUCGGAAGCGUGGCAUGCUUUUCCAUCUGCAUCAUUCUCCCUCUAGCCUUCCACCUCAAGCUGUUCGGUCACGAACUGAAAUACGCAGAAAAGACCAUGAACUGGGUGUUGAUCGUCGUGAGCACGAUCAUGGCUGUUGUUUCCACGAUUUUCGCACUUCUGCCUAAGGAGUUGAUUGGGGCCGCAUAAUGGCCACGGGGGCGCAUCUUUGAUUUCAUCGCAUAUAUCCAGACGGCGAGGAAAAUGUUUCUGGUGUCAAGGGUUGUUCGGCGAAGGUGGUGUUGUCUUGCGCAUAUCGAAAUUAUAAUCGAAAGUUGAACGAAUAUCCAAGUUUGCUUGCUCUAGAUAUUAAGAGCGUCAUGUAUGCAUGAGGGCCGGUUUCCAGCAUCUCAAUAAAGAUCACAAUUUUUCAUGUCACAUACCUAAUUUGCAAUUCAUUUUGACACAUG